AUGUCCGCCCCGGCAGAGACACAACAGGAACCCGCCGCGCCUGGCCGUCUCUUGCUUCUCUCGAACCGUCUGCCCAUCACUAUUAAGCGCUCCGAAGAUGGUAGCUACACUUUCUCCAUGUCCUCUGGUGGUCUCGUCACCGGACUGAGUGGUCUUAGCAAGACCACCAGCUUCCAGUGGUACGGGUGGCCCGGACUUGAGGUUCCGGACAACGAGGUCGAGGGUAUGAAGAAGCGCCUCAAGUCAGAGUACGGGGCGCAUCCCGUCUUCAUCGACGACGAGCUCGCUGACCGUCACUACAACGGCUUCGCCAAUUCCAUUCUCUGGCCGCUGUUCCACUACCACCCCGGCGAAAUUACUUUUGACGAGUCUGCCUGGGUUGCCUACCAGGAAGUCAACCGUCUCUUUGCCCAGACUGUUAUCAAGGACGUUCAAGAUGGCGAUUUGAUCUGGGUCCACGAUUACCAUCUCAUGCUCCUGCCGCAGAUGCUGCGCGAGGAAAUUGGAAACUCGAAGAAGAACGUCAAGAUCGGUUUCUUCCUGCACACGCCAUUCCCCAGCAGUGAAAUUUACCGCAUCCUGCCCGUCCGCGAACCCCUCCUUACGGGACUUCUCGACUGCGAUCUUAUCGGCUUUCACACAUACGACUAUGCGCGCCAUUUCCUCAGUAGUUGCUCGCGCAUUCUCGGCACUCCAACUACGCCAAACGGCGUCGACUGGAAUGGCCGCUUCGUCACCGUGGGAGCAUUCCCCAUCGGUAUUGAUCCCGACAAGUUCGUCGAGGGCCUGAAACGUCCCAAGGUUCAAGAGCGCAUCGCAGCCUUGAAGCGCAAAUUCGAAGGAGUCAAGCUCAUUGUUGGCGUCGACCGUCUUGACUACAUCAAGGGCGUGCCGCAAAAGCUCCAUGCACUCGAAGUUUUCCUCACCGAGCAUCCUGAGUGGAUUGGUAAAAUUGUCUUGGUGCAGGUUGCUGUACCUUCUCGUCAAGAUGUUGAAGAAUACCAGAACCUGCGAGCUGUCGUCAACGAGCUUGUCGGUCGCAUUAACGGAAAGUUUGGUACCAUUGAAUUCAUGCCGAUUCACUUCUUGCACCAGUCCGUGUCGUUUGAUGAGCUAACGGCGCUCUACGCUGUUUCGGACGUCUGUCUGGUAUCGUCGACGCGCGACGGCAUGAACCUUGUCUCAUACGAGUACAUUGCGACACAGCGUGAGAAGCACGGCGUCAUGAUUCUCAGCGAGUUCACAGGCGCCGCGCAGUCGCUCAACGGCAGCCUGAUUGUCAACCCAUGGAACACGGAGGAGCUGGCCAAUGCCAUCCACGAUGCCGUUACCAUGAGCUCCGAGCAACGCGCCGCCAACUACAGCAAGCUCGAACGUUACGUGUUCAAGUACACCAGCGCCUGGUGGGGUGCUACGUUUGUCGCCGAGAUGACACGCCUCAGCAACGAGGAGACGCAGGCCAAGACGUUGCGCAACGUCUCGGGUGCCGUGGUCUCUUCCGGCCAGAAAGCACUGGCGGAAGAGACCGAGACAAAGGAACCCGAGACGACGCAAGCAUGA